AUGCUGGGAGAUCAGCUCAUCGGAUUUAGCUGCUGCGUGGUGGCUGGCGUAGGAUUUGCUGUGAACUACAUCCCCGUGAAGCGAAUGGACACCGGCGAUGGCGUGUUCUUCGCCGCGGCGAUGUCUUUGGGAAUAGUGAUCGUCGGGGUGAUCACGGGCUUCAUGAUGUCGGACACCCAGGCCCUUGCACUUCCGAAGUUUGAGCCGCUGGCGGCAGUUGGGGGCUCCAUCUGGAUGCUCGGGAACCUCCUGUGCCCCUACAUCAUCCGCCUUGUCGGUCUAGGACUCGGGCUUACCGUCUGGGACCUGAGCAACAUGAUCACCGGCUGGUUUACAGGCUUCUUCGGCCUGUUCGGGGUCCAGCGAGAGUUGGUCCUGCGCCCUCAGAUGAACUGCCUGGGAGUGUCGCUGGCAGCGUUCUCGCUGGUCUUCUUCUCCAUGGCCGCAAGCGCCGACCUGCCCGGAAAGCCGCCGGCCGAGGGGAAGCCGGACAUGGACGUGGUGGUCGAAAGCCCCGGCCUGGGCUCGCGCAGCCCCACCGAAUCCACAGCCGACAGCUCUGCCGCAAGUCCGGACCUAGAAGCCAACAACGAUGGGGAGAGCCCCCAAUGCCUGGAUGCCGAUGGCUUGAAGGCCAAGGCGGGCGAAGGCGUGGCGCCGGAGGAGCAAGGCGGCCGGUCACAGGCGCGCGCGAUGCCUCUGGGACUCUUCCUGGCCAUGGUGGCGGGCAUCUUCUUCGGAACCACCUUCGACCUGCCGACGGAUCUUUCCGAAGGCAACUUCGGACCCGGCCACAGCAGCCGCGUCUUGGACUAUGUCUGGAGCCACUUCCUUGGCAUCUUCGCCACGGCCAUCCUCGCUCUCGCAGCCUAUGUGGCGGUGAUGCGCAGGAAGAGCUAUAUGCCCAAGGCGCUCAUCCUCCCGGCCGUGGCGUCCGGGGUCCUCUGGGCAAUUGCGCAGGUGGCCUGGUUCCAGGCCAAUGCGAGCUUGGGCUACGCCAUCGCUUUUCCAAUCAUCGCCAGCUUGCCGGGCAUUCUGGGUCUGUUUAUCGGGACCUGCUUCUUUGGAGAGAUGAAGUCGUCAAGGAGCCGGCUGUUGGCACUACUGGGCCUACUCCUUCGGUGCCCAGGCGUGGCAUUGAUCGCUGUGUCUGUUUGA